AGAUUAGAUCGAGUAAACAUCUUGUUCUGAAGGAAGUUUACUUUCACAGCCGUCACGAAUUUCCGCCCACGUCUUUUUGAAGGGGGUCAAGAGCACUGGAGAAUCAUUUGAUAGAGAGAGACUCGUGCAGAAGUGUUUCACUGCAUGUAGGAGCAGGUGGACUACACAGAUUUACAGAAACUGCCAACACCUUUACUCUCACCUGCUUCAUUUGAUUGAUUGAUUUUUAACUCGAACUGAACAUUUUUAUUUGAAGACGAAGAAGAAAAAUCUGAGAAAAUAAUAUUGAUAUUAAUAAAACAAAUCUUCAUAUCUUCAGGGGAAGACAGAUUCAAAAAGCAGGUCACUGGACGUCUUUGAGAGAUGUUUGAGAGACAAUCCUAUGAAAGUCCCCCCAUGUACACCCCGCCUUCCAAUGGCUUUGGACCACCUGGGAGCUUCCAAGACCCACGGAGUGAAUUUGAUCCCUACCCUCCAGCUCCAGGAUCGUACUAUGUGGGUGAGGAGGUACCACAGCAUUUCUACAAAUGGUUUUCCCCCCCGGGAAUUGUGAAGAUUAUGAUAGCAACCGUUAUAAUCCUCUGUCUGGGAAUCUUCGCCUGUGUGGCCUCGACUCUGGUUUGGGACAUGCAGUAUGGAUUAGGUUAUGGAUCUGGAUAUUCCGGCUAUCCUGGAUAUGGAAGUGGAAGUGGAUAUGGAUAUGGCAGUGGGUAUGGAUACGGAAGCGGAAGUGGAUAUGGAUACGGAAGUGGAUCUGGAUAUGGAGGCUACUACAAUUCUUACCCGACUCCUUACUCGGCCAAGACUAGCAUGAUUGCCGUUGCCGCCAUAAACUUCAUCAUCGCUUUGGGUAUCUUUGCAGCCAGUUUUUCCAAAACCAACACGUUCCGCAGCAGGAAGUUCUACCUGGCGGUGCUUGUUGUCUGUUGUAUAAUGGCAGUGAUUCAGGGCAUUAUAAACAUUGUGUACAUUGUAGGAGUGAACCCUAUGGCCCAAAGCUCCACCAGCUCAUACUACAACCCCAUGCUUAUGAUGUGUCAGAACCUCUAUGGCAGCAGUGUGACAGGAAUGGGCGGCAGCUUUCCCAUGUAUAACCAGUACUUGUACCACUACUGCUACGUGGACCCUCAAGAGGCAGUUGCAAUGGUUUGUGGGUUCAUGGUUGUGGUGGCACUGGCUGUGGCGGCCUUCUUCUCCUAUAGGACCAGAAGUAAAAUCUGGCACUACGGGAAACCAAACAUCUACUGGGAUCGACCACUAAUGGGAGGAACCGAGGGCAGAGAUGUGGAGGACUGGGUCAACCAUGUACAGGAUGGACAGAGCGUGCAGGAGGCAUCCAUGGUGUUUUCAGAGAAGAUGGCUCCUGUUCUGGUUUCGGCCCCCAGUGUCGGCUCCAUCCCCCUAAAGACUGGCAGUGUCUUUAGCUCUGAGUCCCACAAAGUUAUCGGUUACCCUGAGCACUCUUUUAGCCGCCCAUAUCUCUCCACAUCCCCGUCUGGAGAAGUGAGCUCCAGCCCCUCCGGCCAGACGGACACCAUCCUCAAACCGUCCACCUCCAGGGGCAAGAGACGCAGGAGGAACCCCGAACUGGACGAGUCCCAGUACGAAACCGAGUACACAACAGGAGGAGAGACUGCCAAUGAUUUAGAAGAUCUAUGGACACGUCUAUAUCCAGAGAUCACAUCUGAUGCCCAGCGACAUGAGUAUAAGAAAGAGUUUGACUCGGACCUCAGGACCUAUAAGAAACUGUGUGCCGAAAUGGAUGACAUCAACGAUAAGAUAAACAAACUCAGCAGAGAGCUGGACACACUUGAAGAAGGCUCGCCCAAGUACCAGGCUGUAGCAGAGGAAUAUAAUCGUCUCAAAGACCAAAAACGGAUGGCAGAUUAUCAAAACAAGAAGCACCAAUGUCGCAAACUGCGCCACAAGGUUUUCCAUAUUAAAAAAAUGGUCAAGAUCUACGACCGCCGUCAGUAAUAAUGAGCUCCAUUAAACCACCACACCUGCUCUCCUUGUUAAACACUUCUGCAUUUAACUGACAAAGCCUUCAAAUGACUGUGUGACCAAAGUGGCCCGAAACAGCCCAUAACCAUGGCUUCACCCAGUUUUUAGGAUUAACCCGAGCCCUAAAGAUGGUUGGAAACAAGAACCAGAGAUUCCAACCAAUACCGGUCCUUCCAAAGUCUUUCCAUUACCUGGAACUUGUUCUUUCACUGGAAACAUCUGUUUUUUUUUUUAGAGUGAGUGACUUUAUAUGGCCUGUACAAUCCCAUAAAGCAUAAAAGUAUUGUUGUUCUGUUUUUUGUUGGGUGCGGCUGUGAGUGCUAACUUCAAGGUCAGCUGAUUACAGCGGUGCAUGUGUUUGCUGGAGGAAAUGUACUUUGGACGAUCCUCUUCUACUGAGUAAUUUGCACCUGCAUUGGCAUCUAUGCAGUCCAUUUCCUUGUGUAUGACUGUAAAUGAGUUGUUUGUUUUUAAUGUCUUUAAAGGUGUAACAGUGGGGCACUGCUUGUUUUCAAGUCAGAAAUCAUAAACGAUUUUGUUUCGAGGUGUCCCAGAAUUGUUCUCAGAAACAACUGAGGUAUUUCGUUGGGCAGUUGUGUCCUAAUGGUUAGAGACUCUGAGUUUGAGUCUCGGUACUGGCAGGGAUUGUAGGUGGGGGAGAGUGAAUGACCACGACUGAAGUGAGACCCUUGAGCAAGGUACCAUACCCCUAACUGCUCUCCGGGUGCCGCAGUAAAAAUGUCUGUUCACGCUACAGUGUGUGUUCACUACUCACUGCUGUGUGUGUGUGUGUGCACUACUGCACUUGGAUGAGUUAAAUGUAGUGAACAAAUUCCGAGUAUGGCACCAUUCUUGGCCACAUAUCACAUCACUCACUCAUUUAAAUAUGCAGAUCAUUAAAGAAUAUUCUCUUUUUUUAACAGCUGACUGCCUGUGAAAAAGAAGAAAUGGAAUUUUAAAUCACAAAGAUGUUUGAUAUUCAAUUGUAGUGUAUUUAAUUUCAUAUUCAAUCGAGUUUGGAAAGAAAUAAAACCUUGCCAAUGGUGCACUAUGUAAAUAUGCAAAUGUAUGCAAAUAUGCAAGGAUUCUGUUCAGUUACUUCUAGAUGUCUCACUGUCUCAUUACAUUUGAUUCGUUUUGAAAUAUUGUGAUUUGCACGCUAUUUAACACAAUAAUUGCUGCUUUUAUCUCUAACUAAUCAAAUGUCUAUGCAAGAUGUCUGUUAUGGACGGCAAGUAAGUUCUGUUCAGUUUAUUUACUCCUGUAAAAUAUUUUGUUUGAAAACAUGUCAAGUGGUACAGUACAGAGCAUUCAUUUGUUUCAUGUUUUUCUCAUGUGCAUAACAGCAAUUAUUUUCAUCUGUACACAUUUUUUGUCCUUUCUGUUUUCAAUAAAGUUUUGUAUUUUAA